UAGGUACUGUUCCUCGCAGAAGCGCGGGUUCUCUAGCUCUCGACCUCUCGGGGGGCUGCUCUUGCAUAUGGAAUAUUGAGUUCGGGCAUGAAUUCUGCUCUGCUCGACCUCUGUAUCCCCAAUCUGUCCCCCCUGCUGACCUCUCGGGAGUUGAAGAACAGUCACCACCGUCAGUGCAGUGUUCCCUCUGUCUGUCUCCGCCAAACGUCCCAAGUCCCUCCGUACCGUACCCCAAACACCGGAAGCACUUUGUUCUGCCCAGGAGUGCAGCUCUUGAGACGAGAGUCACGAAUUUACUUGCUUGCUUUGUUACUUUACGGCAACGUCUACUCUCCGACGAUUAUUUCCUUUUGCAUCGUGUCCAUGCAUGGCAAUAAUGGACCACCAAACUUUUUCAACAGCCUUCAAAGUCCUGUUCACAGAUCGCGAAUGUCUUCCCCUGACCCCUUGUCUGGACGAAGCGCUAUGAACUCGACGAUGCCUAUUCGCUCCCUCAAGGAUGCUGAAGGUUUACUGGAAGUUGGGACGCUAUUCGCUGGUGCGGCGCCAACGAGCCAUGCCGUACGGUUACGUGUUUCGCGUUUAGCUGCGAGUUCACGAUAUCGUGAUACUGCACUGGCUCACGAGUAAAGGGAUGGAAUACAGUGUGUCCUUUUGUCUUUGAGGGUCGAUGUCUCAUCGAGUCGACGAUGGCUUCUCGGAUGAGAUACGAUGCCGUCCAGGUAGCACGUCGCCUCCCUCGCCUUUCCUUUCUCUUUCUUCUCGGACGCUCGGCUCUACCUUUCCUUUGUCAAUCAUGGGAUCCAGAAGGCCUGAAGUA